CCGCCCUGCGCCCCGGGGAGCCGCCCGAGGUUCAGGCUUCGCUGCCUCCCGCAACGUGCCAGGAUGCUGCUGGGCCCAGGGAUGCACGACUGCGCCGGACGCCUGCUCCCCCAGCCAAAAAGCAGGAGUUCAGGAUGGUUCCCCCACCACCUGUCAGCAAGCCCCAUGUGUGCCUCUCCACAGUGCUCAUCAUGACCAGCCUCGUCCUCAUGGAUGCCUACCUGGUGGAGCAGAGCCAGGGCUCCAGGAAGCUGGGCAUCUGUGUCAUGGUGGCAGUGGGUGACAUAUGCUUCCUGCUAGUCCUCCGCUAUGUGGCUAUCUGGGUUGGGGCAGAGGUAAAGACAGCAAAGCGAGGAUAUGCCAUGAUCCUCUGGUUCCUCUACGUCUUCGUUCUGGAGAUCAAAGUCUACUUUGUAUACCAGAAUUACAAAGCUGACCGGAAAAGCUUGGAUCUCAUCGCCCGCAAAGCGCUGACCUUGCUGCUCUCCAUCUGCAUCCCAGCUCUCUACGUGCUGUUGGUGGCCACGGAGCACAUGGAGUACGUCAGAACAUUCAAGAAGAAGGAGGAUCUCCGCAACCGCCUUUUCUGGGUCAUUGUGGACAUGCUGGACGUGCUGGACAUCCAGGCCAACCUGUGGGAGCCUCAGAAGAAAGGGCUGCCGCUCUGGGCUGAGGGCAUCAUGUUCUUCUACUGCUACAUCCUGCUCCUGGUCCUGCCCUGCGUGUCCCUGUGCGAGAUCAGCAUGCAGGGCAUCGGCAUCAUGCCGCACAGGAUGAUGCUGUACCCCAUGCUGAGCAUGCUCACCGUCAACAUCGCCACCAUCUUCAUCCGAGGCAGCAACAUGGUCUUCUUCAGGGAUGCCCGGGUCUCCAGCAUCUUCAUGGGCAAGAACAUGCUGGCCAUUGGGAUGAAGGUCUGCAUGUUCGUGCAGUACCAGCGGCACCAGCACCACACCCCGCCGGGGCCGGACCCGCAGCACAGCACCCCAGCCCAGCCGCCCAUGGGGCUGCGCAAGGCCCGGGACCAGCCUGCCUGCCCUGAGGAGCUGGCCCAGGACAACACGUGACGAGCCAGCAGGAGCUACAGCCUGGGCGUCCCCACACCUGGCCGUACCUACAAACCCGGGGCUGGCUGUGGAGCUCCCUGCCUGGACAGAGGGCAACGACCCUGCUCCCUCCUUCCCUGGGUGAAACUGCUCAGGGCCCCGAGGGGCACAUGGCGAGGGCCCCCACAGCAGCCUCUGCAAGGCUGCAGAGCAGUUUGGAACCUCAGCACCCUUUGUAAGGCUGCAGAGCAGUUUGGAACCUCAGCACCCCACCUGGAAAAACAGUGGAGCAGGGGACGAGGCCAGGGCCACCUGCCAUGAGUUGUGUCUGGGUGAGGCCAGGCAGCCCUACCUGGUGCCAGGCUCCCUACCAGUGCUCCCUGUGCAACACUGCUCUCUGGCCAGCCAGGCUGCUACAUGGGGCCACCCACUUUUCUGUUGUGGUUGGCCCUGGCUUCAGUGUGGUCCUUGGCAGCAGCCUGCUCCCCACUGUGUGAGCCAAGGUCCCCAUGCAGGGGGGGCAAGGCCUGGGCCUCCCCCUGUUGUCACCCCUCUCAGCCAGCUGCAGGCUUGGGGGGACCCAAAAAGGGGUGACUGUCCUUUUUUUGUAUCUCCCUCUUUGCAAUAAAAGACCUGAGCCCUGCA